CGGAAGUCAGCUACGUCAUCAAAACAGUGAGACAGGCGGAGGAAAAGAAGCCCGUCGGUGAAUGUGACACGCUUACAAAUACACAGAAAACAACCCAGCGAGCAGCAGGACAUCAUGAUCCGGCUCCAGCGAAGCGUUUAGUGUGCUCGAUUCUACUGGAUAGCGGACUGUUGUGUUAUUUUUUCUCGCUUUCCGAGGCAGCAUCAUCAUGGUGAAUCAGUCGGACCGAGCCCCGCUACUGGACUGGGAGGAGAUCCCACCGCCCGACCCCAACCAGGCGGCCCAGCCCGCGCUGCAUCCACCGCUCCGGGAGGAGGAGGACGCCCCGGCGGAGAAAAGUUCGAAACCAGCCGGGCGUCGCACACCGUCGGGGACCGCGGCUGGUACUGGGUGGAGCACCAGCACCGUCGACACCACCAUCAGCUGCAGCCCGACGAAGAGUGGAACUGCUGUUGUUGUCAGCAGGAACGGAAACUCGGGCCGCCCGCUGACACAGAUCUGUGGGCUCGGGUGGCAUCGCCCGGAGCCCUUCGGUUCAGAUCGAAAUCUUCCCUUCCCCGGCCUCUCGGCGAGGGAUCAGUGGGAGGAGAAGGACCAGAUAGUGUCUGUUUUCGUGGUUACCUUUGAUACAAGAUCAGGGAAUAUGGUGGAGUGGUGCCUGCCUCACGACAUCAACUUGGACGGAGUGGAAUUCAAGUCCAUUGCCAGUGGCUCCCAUCGGAUCAACAGUGACUUUAUAUAUUUCCGUAAGGGCUGUUACUUUGGGUUGGCCUGUUUUGCUAACAUGCCUGUGGACAGUGAGCUGGAGCGAGGAGCGAGGAUGAAGUCUGUGGGAAUUCUGUCUCCCUCCUACACCCUGCUGUACCGCUACAUGCACUUCCUGGAGAACCAAGUCAGACUCCAGCUGAAGAGUCCGGGCCAGUAUUCUCCCCUGGAGGCCUUCUACGAGGAUAAGAAGGCCGUCCUCCCCCCUGCAGGAAACGGUCUGGUCACCGCCUGCCCCACCUGGAGUGUUACCUCCAUCAACCGCUGUAUGCACCCAGAAAUGAAGAUCACCCACCCUGCCGGCUGUAUGUCGCAGUUCAUCCAGUUUUUCGGGGAGCAAAUCAUGGUGCUGUGGAAGUUUGCGUUGCUUAGGAAACGGAUCCUCAUCUUCUCCCCUCCACCUGUGGGUGUGGUCUGCUACAGAGUGUAUUGCUGUUGCUGCCUGGCUAAUGUCUCUCUUCCUGGAAUCGGUGUCUCUGUUCCUGAAUUACGGCCUUUCUUCUACAUCAACAUAGCAGACAUCACCACCCUGGAGAAAGAGAUGUCAUACGUGGCCUGCACCACUGAGAAGAUUUUCGAGGACAAGAAGGGGCUGUACGACGUCUACAUUGAUAACCAGAAUGUGAAAACACACAGAAGCCAUUUGCAGCCACUGCUCCGAGUGAAUGCAGCGGAUAAGGAGAAGUAUAGGAAACUGAGCGAACAGAGGCAAAUGUUGCUGUACUCUCAGGAGGUGGAUGGUGACUGCACCACAAAUGAAGAGGAUCUGUUUAUUCUGUUCUUCAUGGAGCUGAACAACCGCAUCUUCCAGACACUGUCAGACAUAGCGGGGAGCAACGACCCCACCCUGACCGCUGAGCACGUCAGGGCCAUGGGGCUGGACCCCCAGGGCGACCGCUCCUUCCUGGUGGACCUGCUGGAGGUAUACGGCCUAGACAUCACGCUGGUCAUAGACAACCUCUGCUGCCACUGAGCCCCCUCCCCCCCCCCCCCCCCCUCAUACUGGGAAACUUCACUGGAUAUUUGUGCCUUCGUGGCCCACGCACACCUAGACACCGAAGACACUGCCUCCCCCUCCUGGGAUUUCCAUCUGCUGUCCCCCACUGGGUGUCGGUUUUCCCUCUGUCUGUCUCAUCUGACCUGUGGAGACUGUUUCCAAACAUUGUGGAGGACGAGGACGUUAAAUGAUGGCGCACACGUCCACAGUGACUGAGUAACACUUGCCCAGCAGACUAUGUAUCGCCUGGCAGCUGCGUGGUCUUAUACUGUAGCCGUUCACAUCCUAUAUCACUCAGUGCUGUUUAUCGUCAGAAAAUAAGUCUCCAUUCAGCUGAAGCACUGGAUUAAAGUUUGGACAUCUUGAUCAUUUCUGGUCCCCACAGGAUGGUUCGUUGUUCCCCACUGCACCAAUCACAAUGGAGAAGUCAUUGAAACAUUCAAAAACAUGCAGCUUUGGAGUAAGAUUCAUAUUAUGGAGGUGGAGUAUGCUGUUAUAACAUACUGUAGAUGGAUGCUUUUUGAAUACUUUAUUUCCCUUUCAAAAGGGAAGCAAUAGGAUUAGAGCCGCAAUGAAAAAUAAUCGCCAACUAUUUUGAUAACUGAUUAAUCGAUAGUAGAAUCGUAGGGUAAUUUUCCGUGCAAAUAUUACAGAAAAUAAUCAGUUUUCAGCCUCUUAGAUAAUGAGACGUUUAAGGAUAUCACCACAGAUUAAAAUAAUGGGAUUGAAAUGUUUCCCUUUUUUCUCAAUUUUUAUAUAAAUAGAUAUAUUAAAUGAUUAAUCUAGUAAACUAGACAAUAAUUGCCAAAUUAAUCUAUAAUAAAAAUGAUUGCAGAUUGCAGCACUGAAUAGAAGUGUUUGCCAAUUGAAAUCGGCCUUAUUUAUGUUUGUUCAUUUUCCACGUUGUUUUCUAGUUCUGUUUUUUUUUUAACAACUGUAAGUGAGCAGUAAUGACAUUUGUUAGUUAUCCUCUUUUUUUAAUAAUGGGGAUGGUAAAUGAUUAUGAAAUGACUCAUUUAUUGAGAAGAGAAAGCUGUUAAUACUUUAAUCACCUUUUUGAUGCACCUUCAACAUGAGGUAGAUGUGAUAAUGUGUUUGAUCACAGUGAAGAAACGUUCUCUUGUGUUACAUGCUGAGGUUCUUGAAUAUUCCAUGAAUGUGACUCUACUGUAUAACACCAAUGAAUGCUGCACCAUGUCUACCACUGGAAUUUCUCCUGAUGCACACAAGCUUAAUAUUUGUUAUUCUAUGAUCUACAGUCUGAGCCAGCAAAUGUUUGUGAAUUAGUCUUUUGCACUGUAUAAAGGCUUUCAUUGUUCCCUUUUUUGUUUUACUUGAACCUGUGGCUGUUACAUCACCAGAGGCCAAUAUGUGUUUUGUGACGCGUUGAGUGAGGAGUCCGUGAUGGUAUACUGUACUUGUUGAGCAGCUUCAAAAAGAUCCUCUUGCUUGUCUGUGUCCCUGACAAACAUCUCUUUGUGUUUAAUCAUUGUCAAUCGUUUGUUCCAUGUUGGAACACAAAAGGCAUAUAUUUCCCUGGUAUACAUUUGGAGUAGUGGUUCUCCUGCCAACCCCCCAAAAAGCAAGCUUUUGAACAUGUGAUGAAUUUUAACACAUUCCAAAAAUGAUCUUUCAGGGGCUGAUCCCUGGGAUUGAGAACUCCUGACUUUCACCAAUUUUCUGGGUUUACAAAAACAGAAUAAAAGUGAACCAAGUGAUUUAUUUGAAAUUCUUUGUUGUGUAAAUGGGGCCUUAAGGAUAUGUGAUUUGUGAACCAGACUCAUUACUGUAUCUAUUUGCUGACUAAGUACAUUAUCCUACGCACUUCUGAAGGACCUUGCUGUGAAACCUGUUCACCCUGACUCAUUUAUUUACUUCUCAGCAGACCUAUACACUUGCCUCUGACGGUGUUUGCUUUACUGUUUGUUAAAUGUAUAAGGGAAUGUACACAACACACACUUACUGUAUAACAUGCCUUCUUUGUGGAGUCGUUCACAGACCAGCAUCAGUCGUUUGUACAGCCUGUCACUCUACUGAAUGUCAGAGAUAGCAAAAGUAUUGCACACAUGCAGCAAAUAAAAAGUUUAACCUUUUUCUUCUUGAUUGUAAUGUAAAUAACAAGUACUCACAGAAUAAUAAGUCUUCACCUUUACUAAUGUGAAACACUGUAAAAGAUGUCAGUAAUGUACACAUCUAUUCAAGCAUGAGUUCAUUUCACUGUACUGCCAUCAUUAAACAAUAAAACAUUAAUACAG